ACCAUGUCGCUCUCAAACUGCCGGUUUUACGAGGAAAGUACCCGGAGGUGGACUCCUUUGUGAUGAUGAACGUAAAUCAGAUCGCCGAUAUGGGAGCUUACGUCAAGCUCCUCAAGUCGACCCGGGUUGGCCGUAACAAGAUUGUCGUCGUGCUGCGUAUCGAUAAGGAGAAGGGAUAUAUCGACCUUUCUAAGCGCCGUGUGUCGCCCGAGGAUAUUGUCCGCUGCGAGGAGCGGUGCAAUAAGAGUAAGAUUACCCUAAUCGAAAGGCUCUACGAGACAAUAGCGUGGCCGCUAAACAAGAAAUAUGGCUAUACCAUGAACGUUUUUAGGCUUUCAAUAACCAACCCCGAUAUUUGGGACGGCAUCGCGUUCCCAAGCAAGGCUGUUGCCGAGGAGCGUAAGUCCUACAUUGGCAAGAAGUUGACGCCUCAGCCGACCAAGGUCCGAGCCGACAUCGAUGUCACCUGCUUCACCUACGAGGGCAUCGACGCUAUUAAGGCUGCCCUGCGUACUGCCGAGGCGCGCAACACCCCCAAGAGUCGGGCCAAGGUCAGACUGGUGCCUCAUCCUCUCUUUGUGCUCACCAACACGUACCUCGACAAGAACGCUUACAAGGCAGUACCUACCACGGCACCACGACCCGUGAUAAACGCGGGUAUUGCGCGGCUAGAAGAGGCCAUCGUCGACGUACGGACCUGCAUCGAGGCGGUUGGCGGUAACUUGAUGGUCAAUAUGGCGUCUAAGGCCGCCCUUAUAGAGAAGCGCGAGCGCGAGAACGCUGAGGUCAGCAGUGACGAGACCGUGAGCGAGAGCGACGAGUAA